AUGUUUGACAUACAAGGUUCGCCAAUGAAUGAGGACAUCAACUCAGAGUCUGGCAAUGAUUGUGAAGACACACUGGCAGAUGCAGACAUGUGCAGCAUCAGCAGUUCCAGUGAGGAGCAUAUGGAUUGUACAGGAAGCCGGUCUGAGUCGGAUAAUGAGCUUGAAGAAGCAGAGAACUUACAGAGUGCUACUCAUGAGUUUGACACAGAUUUGAUUGAUGGAGACAAGGAAUUGGAUGAAGAGGCUGAUGAUGACAAAGAUGUGUUGGAUAACAAGCAUAGUGAGUUUGGUUAUGGUGACCUAGAGGAGCAGUUGUUAUUGGAUGACAGCCCAGACUCAGAGGAAGGCUCACAGGAUGAACUAGAUGAUGCUGUUCUUGGUGCUGAGGAUGGAGAGGGUGCUACAGAUACUGAAGAGGAUUAUGGUGACUAUGCUGAGCAUUAG